AUGGCUGAUGAGAGCAGCAGCGUGUCCCAGCAGUUAAAGAGUGUGGAGAGGAGCAUGGUGUUCCUCCGGCAGGAGCACCUCACCUUGCUCCAUGGCCUCCACCUGGAGAUCCUCUCCCUGCAGAAACGAUGCUCAGAAGUGACGAGUGAGCUGAAGGUGAUGCCUUCAGGCAGAAGCCAAUUAGAUCUACAGGAUGAAGAGGAGCUCCUGGAAGAACAUUGUCGUCACGUGGAGAACCGGCUUGAAGAGCAGGAUUGCACCUUAGGAGAAAUGCGUGAUGAGCUGACUCACAAGGGGGCUUUGGUGGGAGCCCUCAGAGCCAAUCUCAAGGAAAAAGAGCGCCACUUCCUGGAGGAGCUCAAGCGCCGCAGCCACUGCUCGACCAUCCUCAACACAGAGCUGCAGAAACAAACAGAGGCAGCAGCGUACCUUUCCUUCCAGCUGCACGCUGCGAGGCAGAAGCUUCACCACCAGCGGAUGCAGCAGAGGCAUGUGCUCCUUGCCAGGGCCAACAGUCAGGGGCCCCAGUACGGUGCCGAGCAGCACUCCGUUUCUCCACACAUGACGUCAGGAGCCUCCCCUUCCUCCCCUGUGGUAAAACCGAAGCGUAAGAGCGGCAGGGCAUCUUCCAGGGUGGAGCGGGCCCGGGAGUGCGUGCCCAUGGAGAGAGUGAUGGGCCCUGCAGAGCCCACAGCCAUGCCGGACCCUGCGCUCUUCCUUCACCCUCGAAGGCACAGAGCUCGAUCCAGGCACACCGUGGCACAGAGACAGGCCCCUCUCGGCAUGGACAGGGAGGAUGAGGAGGAAGGAGGUGGAGAGGGCCCAGUGGAGCCCCAGGAUGAAGCUGCCAGACUGGUGUCUUCAGCUGCAGUGCCCCCUGCUGCUGAGACGAAGGCAGACUAG